AAGUUGUGCUUAGGCCUAAAUUAAAGGCCUUCCAACAAAAAAAAAUUGUCUAUUGUGGACUCAACCUUAGGAUCCUAACUAUUGUAGAAAGGCCUUUAUGAAUGCCUUCUUGGUUAUGAGCAGCAGGGAGCAUUAUGAGACAGAGUCGACAGAGCCACGUGUUUAAUCAGAUCAUAUCCUACAUACAUUUCGGCAGGAGUUUCAAAACAAGUUUUAAAAAGGGGCCACGACAUGCAAAAAGAAUUCAGAUGUGCUACAAAAUGGUGGUGUCGUAGUCGUCGUAGAAAAUUCAAAAAGAGAGUCUUACUAACAUUUCACACAAAAACCAAGUGUUGUGGAUUUCCAAACAGAUGUCACUCAACCGCUGAACUGAAAUGUGUGAUGGAAGGUUUAAAAUGAGAGUCUUACCAUUUCACAAAAAAUCAGUGUGGAUUUUCAAAGAGAAUACAGAAGAUGUAGAAUAAAAUCUUGCAACAGAAAGUUCAAAAAGAGAGUCUUACUAACAUUUCACACAAAAACCAAGUGUUGUGGAUUUCCAAACAGAUGUCACUCAACCGCUGAACUGAAAUGUGUGAUGGAAGGUUUAAAAUGAGAGUCUUACCAUUUCACAAAAAAUCAGUGUGGAUUUUCAAAGAGAAUACAGAAGAUGUAGAAUAAAAUCUUGCAACAGAAAGUUCAAAAAGAGAGUCUUACUAACAUUUCACACAAAAACCAAGUGUUGUGGAUUUCCAAACAGAUGUCACUCAACCGCUGAACUGAAAUGUGUGAUGGAAGGUUUAAAAUGAGAGUCUUGCUAUUUCAAAAAACAAGUGUGGAUUUCCAAUGAGAAUACAUCAGUAGAGAAGAGCAGAAAUACAGAUCUGAUUGUAGAAUGUUUGAAAUGUGCGAGCGCCUUUUCAUUUAAUCAAAAUUGUCAAGCGGCGGUGGCGAUUCCCAAAGAGAUGUGCAAUUAAAUUUGAUUGCAGAAAGUUUAAACAAGAGUCUCACUGUUCAACAACAACAACAACAUUGCGGAUUUCAAAGAAGAUAACAGAUGAGUACUUUCUGGAUUAUAGCAGGACAAAAUGAUUAUUGAUAAUGAUGAUGAUGAUGUCUUUGACUAAAGUAACUGAAAAAUCUACACUGGAGAAGCGGCAACCAACUGAAGAAGAAGAAGAAGAAGACGUUUGUAAAUCAACAGAAUUUGAUUUAUCUGAAUCUACUUGUUGUUGUUGUAACAACAAGGAUGAUGCAGACUUUCGUUUUGAAGCAAUCCACUGUCUACAGUCUAGUGGUGGUGGUGGUGGUGUUGUUGUUAAAAGAAAUGACAUUUUACCAGAACGUGGAGCGUGGGGUAGCAAGGUCGAGUUCAUCUUGUCAGUUGUCGGACUUGCAAUUGGGUUAGGUAAUUUAUGGAGAUUUCCAUAUCUUUGUUACAAGAACGGAGGAGGUGCAUUUAUGGUUCCAUACUUUAUUGCACUUGCUUUGGCCGGAGUUCCAAUGUUUUUAAUGGAACUUUCAUUAGGACAAAUGAUGACUACUGGAGGCUUAGGAGUCUUUAAAAUUGCUCCAAUUUUUAAAGGAAUUGGAUAUGCAACAUGCGUACUUUCAUGUUGGACUAAUAUAUAUUAUAUUAUAAUUUUGGCAUGGGCUCUUUUCUACUUCUUAGUAUCCCUUCGUUCUGAUGUGCCAUGGAGAACUUGCGAUAAUUCAUGGAAUACACGACUUUGUAUAAGUGGUGCGUCAGAUCAAUUGAAUAAAUUAUGUUGGAAAGAAAACAAUGAUACGAUAUGUCCUACUUCAUUCGGAAACAUCAGUCAUUCUCUUAUGAAAGACCCUGUUAAAGAAUUUUGGGAGAGACGAACAUUGCGAAUUUCAACUGGCAUAGAAGAUGUUGGAGGUAUACGAUGGGAGUUGGCCGGAACCCUUGCAAUUGUGUGGAUAAUGUGUUAUUUUUGUAUUUGGAAAGGAGUGAAAUGGACAGGAAAAGUAGUUUAUUUUACGGCCUUAUUUCCAUAUGCACUCUUGAUAAUUUUAUUAAUAAGAGGAUUAACAUUACCUGGUGCUUUUGAAGGUUUAAAAUAUUAUGCGACACCUAAUCUCUCAAAGCUUGGUGAUCCAGAGGUAUGGAUAGAUGCUGUAACUCAAAUAUUUUUCUCAUAUGCUUUGGGACUUGGGGCACUUGUCGCCUUGGGUAGUUACAACAAAUUCAAUAAUAACGUCUAUAAAGAUGCACUGAUUGUCUGCUGCGUGAAUUCUGGUACAAGUAUUUUGAGUGGUGUAGUGAUAUUUUCGGUUGUUGGUUUUAUGGCACAUGAGCAACAGAAGCCAGUUGCAGAUGUAGCAACUUCUGGACCUGGAUUGGCAUUUCUUGUUUAUCCUUCUGCAGUUUUACAAUUACCAGGAGCGUCAAUUUGGUCCUGCUUAUUUUUCUUUAUGUUUCUUUUAAUUGGCCUUGACAGUCAGUUCUGCACUGUUGAAGGUUUCAUAACAGCAGUAGUUGAUGAAUGGCCAAAUCUCCUAAGGAAAAGAAAAGAAAUAUUCAUAGCUAUUGUCUGUUUUCUUUCUUACUUGAUUGGACUUUUAUGUGUGACUGAUGGAGGCAUGUACGUGUUUCAACUUUUGGAUUCUUAUGCAGUCAGCGGAUUUUGUCUCCUCUUCCUCAUGUUCUCUGAAUGCAUAGCAGUAUCAUGGGCCUUUGGCGUCAAUAGAUUUUAUGAUGGGCUUCGUGACAUGAUUGGCUACUAUCCAUGCUUCUGGUGGAAAAUAUGUUGGACUGUCACGACACCAGCUAUAUGUAUCGGUGUGUUUAUUUUUAACUUGAUCAAAUUUGUACCUGUCAAAUAUCUAAAUUAUGAAUAUCCAUGGUGGAGUCAUAUGCUGGGAUGGCUCUGUGGUUUAUCUUCAAUGCUAAUGAUUCCUGGAUAUAUGAUCUAUAUUUGGUUUGCUUCAUCUGGAAGUAGUUCAGAGAAAUUUAGAAAAUUAGUACGGAUAAAUGAUGACAUUGCGACUUUAAGGAAAAAAUCUAAUAAUGCAACAGCAGAAAUAUUUAAAUAAAAUGAGACUUCAUUCUAUGAAAAGCAGCUGGUGAUGAAAAUUUUAAUUAGAAGAGACAGUAUUGGCCCAUUCUGGAAUUGCCGUAUUAGGUAAAGAAAAAGAAGCCAUAACAUGUUUGACUUGAUUGAUUUUGUCUGCAUCCAUAUCAAUAUUUGAGCAAUUGCAA